AGUCUCCUCACUGAGGAAUGUGCGACGCACACUGUGCAGCCCCGACGCGAGGAAGCAGCCGCAGCCACAGCACCGUCUCUGCCCCUUCUUCAUCGGAACCAGCCCCUCGUCCUCUGCCGUGCACAGCCCCGCUUCACCCACACCAGCCCGGGGAAAGUUUCUAAGGUGACCCCUGCUGAAGGAUGUCCUCUCCCUCGGAUCAACCCCUCCUCUCCUUCACCACCCUGCUCCCCUUCCCCUCGCCCACGCCAGGAUUCGCCGCUGUGCCCAAUGCUACCUCGUGUGAGGAGUGGGAGCAGGCCCACCACCUCCUCUUCCAUCUGGGGAACCUGUCGCUGCUGCUGGGCCUGGUCAUCCCAACCACCGUGGGCCUGCACAUGAUCCUGCUGCGCCUCCUGCUGAUGACAGGAUGUGGUUUCUACAUUGCCUGGGCGACUCUGUAUAGGUGCAACCUGGAUGUGAUGGUUUGGAACGUGGUUUUUAUGGUGGUCAACUUCAUGCACCUCUUCUACCUCCUGUACAAGCGAAGGCCAAUUAAGAUCGACCGGGAGCUGCGGUCAGUCUACAAGCGGAUGUUUGAGCCGCUCCACGUGAAGGAGGCUCUGUUUCAGAGGCUCACAGGACAGUUCUGCACCAUCCAGACACUAAAGAAAGGCCAGGCCUACGCUGCGGAGGACAAGACGUCCGUGGAUGAACGCCUCAGCAUUCUCCUCAAAGGAAAGAUGAAGGUGUCGUACAGAGGCCAUUUCCUCCACAACAUCUACACCAACGCUUUCAUUGAUUCUCCAGAGUUCAGGUCCACUAAUAUGCACAAAGGAGAUAAGUUCCAGGUUACCAUCAUGGCUGAGGAGAACUGUAAGUUCCUGUGCUGGUCUCGAGAAAGGCUCACCUACUUCCUGGAGUCCGACACUUUCCUCAGUGAGGUGUUCCGCUACCUCAUCGGCAAAGACAUCACCAAUAAACUGUACUCUCUGAACGACCCCACCCUCAGUGACAAGGCAGUGAAGAAGAUGGACCGUCAGCCCAGCCUGUGCUCACAGCUGUCUAUGAUGCAGAUGAGGAACAGCAUGGCGAGCGCCAGCGACACCGAUGAUGUUCUGAACCAGAUCCUACGAGGAGGAUCUGCUGGAUCGUCCAUCCAAAAAUCUCCUGGCACCAAGGCCUCCAAGAUGAACCCCAUAGAAGAAGGCAUGGAGGAUGACGUUUUCAAAGAAUCUACUCCCUCCGAGUCUCAGCGUAUGCCCAGCACGUCCACUGAGGAAGUGUAGUCCGCAGGGGACGAAUGGACACCAUCACAAUUAUUAAGUAGGUGUGUUUUUCAACCUAACAUCCAGAGCCUGAUUGAACACCAACAUGGCUGAUACUAAAGAAAAUGUCAAAAGACGUGUGUGUGGUCAUGUAGAAAUAGUGUCUUCAAUUUGUAGUUUCUCCACCAUAGAGCACUGACAAGUUAUUUUUAUGAUGUAAAAUGUCAGCACAAAUCUUGAUCACAAUUCUUUAAAAAUCAAAGUUAUGAAAUGUAAAUGUGUUUAUGUAAAAAAACAAUGUUGGUAUACCUAUUAUUAUCAGAUUUUUAUGAAAGCUGCAUUCAUUUAUUAAUUUGGCUCAAUUAUUGUGAAGACAUGACAUCUCGGAAAUAGUGAGGCCAAAACAUCUGGAUCGCCCCCUGGUGGCUGGCUGCAGUAGAGGCCCUAAAUCCCACGUCCUCCAUGUUAACAGAUACCAAACUAAAAAAUUAAAGUACACAUGAAAUAUAUUUUUUUUCAGAAAAUGGUUAGAUUUUAAUAAGGUAUUUGAUGCUAUAAAAGGUGGGUGUGACAUCGCGAUGGAAAUUGGUUAUGGCUUCACUCCUCGAUCACACGGCACAGACUCUGGCUCCAAACUACAUCACCUGUGCAAGAUGGCAGCACCUGUGUCCUGGAAAUAAUGGCUUUGUUUUUGUUCAGUGGGAGGAAGUUGAGUCGUGUCGUCCAUCUUUAUAUACAGACAUUGAUUUGAUCGAAGCCGAAGAACAGAACUGACUUAUUAUCCUCUUACAAGGUUCUUAUGGUGAAGUGUUGAUCCAACAGACACAAAUGAUCAUCUUCAUGAAGUUUACAAGCAUGUCAAUCAAGCAAUCAUUCUCCAUAUAGCUUUGGUUUAGUCUUCACCGACGCCUGAGAACACUGUCAGGCUUUUAGUUGCUAAAUGCUCAACGUUAUUAACAGGCUGGUUGCCACCAGAGAGGAAACGCUGGUGCAGAUCAUGCAUGGGUCCAUGUGAUCAGUUUGAGUGUUAACGCUUACUUUUUUAUAUAUGGCAGUCUAUGUAGCCAGAGAUUUCUAGGAGCCAGCCCUGCGCCUGUUGGCUCUCCGUGGUAUUGCGCUUUUAAGCUCUUCCGCAUUCAUUUUUCAGGGCCAAAAUCUGCGUUCACUUUUUAUAUACAAUCAAUGUUUUCUCCUCUAUGUUUAUAUUUUUGUGGUAAACAAGAUUCUCUUGCUGUGUUCAUCUCUGGUACGUGAUUGGCCAUCGCAUCGCUUCGCCCCACAAAGUGCAUUGUGUUGCAGAAGAAGUUAGAGCAGAUUUAACUUGUUUCCAGCACAACACAGCAUCGUUUUGGAAGACCCCCCCAUUGGUGCCAUUCACCAUUGAAUAAAUCUUAUCCCCGAUUCAAUAAGAAUGAGAACGGCUGCAGUUUUAAUGCAGGUGGGCAUGCAACAGCUAAAGAUGCUAAAAAUCUCCAGAGAGAUGUUCUCCCUUUAUGCCAGCAGCAGAAGUGGUCACAGAACCAAAUAGAUGUCUGUGUAAAAGGUGGCAUGGCUGCACUUAUGAUGUUGUGUUACACGUUACUCCAUUGACUCUGAAAUGCCAUCUUGCUUUCUGGAAUCACACACUCCAUAUUUGGAUAAUUUGUUAGUUCAUCAUAAUGAGUGACUCCUUUCAAAUCCCUUUCUUUUGAUCUAUUGAUUAUAUAAAAUCUAUCUUUAUAUUCCCUCAUGGCAAUCAGUGUCACAUGCCUGUAUCAGUUGGGUUCUAAUAACGACAUCUAAGUAUUUUCAAGUGAUAUAUAAGUUGUAAAGUUACAGUACGCUAGAGUUCUUUGAUCCCCAAAAGGGAAUGAGAGCGAUUCCUUCUGGAGAACAUAACUGAUCAGUCUCUUCUCUCUGUGUGAUACGAGCAUUGAUGAAAAUUCAUUUUGAAUGUAUUUUUUGUUUUAUAAGCACAAGCAUAAAUCUCAACAUCCACAAAAGAGCUUUUGUUAGUGAGGAUUUUCUUGAGAAAGGAUUUUAUCUGUGUGUUGUAUAUUCUUGUUUAAAUGUUUGUACUAGAAACCAGUGCACUGUGUGUGUUCAAUAAACAUUUGGUGUGAAAUGUU